AACUCGAAAAUUACAAAGUAAGAUCAUACAUUUUUAACUACCGGAUAAGGCUUGGUGACACAUAUCGAUAUUAUCGAUUGGUUUCAGUCAUCGCCGUUUGUUUACUUCUUUAUGCACAGCUGAUAGAGCAAAUACAGAAAUACGUAUAAAAAAAGAAGUGAAAUAACCGGUGUGCGAUGGAUACAACUAAUUUUAUACGACAAAUGCCAAAGAUUGAAUUACAUGCACAUCUCAAUGGAUCAUUAUGCACUAAAUCAAUUGAAGAGUUGUGUGAAGAACUAUACGGCGUGAAUUCCAAUGAAAAGGUUUUACUCAGCGAAAAGUUAGUAUUCGAUGGUGGAAAUCUUGACCAAUGCUUUCUUAAGUUCCGUUAUAUGCACGAAUUAACAGCCACUAAGAGGGGCCUACAAUUAGCUACAGAGCUAACAAUAAGAGAUUUUGCCAAAGAUAAUGUUAUUUAUUUGGAAUUACGCACAACUCCCAAAAAAAAUUCGGAAAUGUCUAAAGAAGAAUAUGUGAAAAGUGUUUUGAAGGCUAUAGAACGUACUAAGAAAAUUGAAAGUAUUCACGUGAACUUGCUGCUAUCUAUUGAUAGAAGUAAAAGCGUAGCUGAGGCUGAAGAAACAGUUAAUAUUGCAUUACAACUAAAGAACACUUAUAAAGACAUUAUCUCUGGUAUUGACUUCAGUGGUAAUCCGAAACUGGGUAAUUUCAUGCACUUUAUACCAGUAUUGGAAAAAGCUCGUAAAAACAAUUUAAAGUUGGCCUUACAUUGUGCAGAAAUUCACAAUCCUGCAGAAAUUGAUCAAAUGAUUAAAUUCGGCAUGGAACGAUGUGGUCAUGGUACUUUCCUAAGUGAGCCUCAACUAAAUGAAAUAUAUAGAAAAAAUAUAACCAUUGAAUGCUGUUUGACGAGUAAUGUGAAAUGCUCCACCGUAAAAUGCUAUAACGAUCAUCAUUUUAAACAUAUUUUUAAUGGUAAAAAAGCGGCAGUAAUAUUAUGCACUGACGAUUGUGGUGUUUUCGACACUACCUUGUCCAAUGAAUUCGUAUUAGCAAAAAAUACAUUUAACUUAACCAAAAACGAUUUACUUCAACUUUCACUGAAUGCCGUAGAAUUUGCAUUCGUACAUGAACACUUCAAACACGAUUUAAAACAAAGAAUUCGCCAUUACUUUGAAAUUCCAACUGAACCAGAACCGAAAAAUUAAAGUUUUGACAUGAAAUCGGUAAAUUGUAAUGUUGGUUUGAUAAUUAUAAGGUAAUUUUUACGAUAACCUUAACGAAAAAAACAAGAAACAUCAUUUAUUACUUUGAGUAGAAAGUAAUGCAUUUUUGCACAAAAUAUAUAAUAUAUG